AUGUUGAAAGGUUUCAGAAAAAGAGCUUCCUUGCUAUCCUUAUCUCUGCAGCCCGAAGAGACUCUGGAACAGCAUGAUCGUUAUCACAAGGUCUUGAGACAGGUUCGUGAUUUCGAGAUCGCCCUCCAAGCGAUGGACUUCUUGCUCGACGAUCGUGGAGACCAAGGCACGGAUCUUUUGAAAACUGAAGUGGAAAGACACAAGAAGGCCCACCUGAAGGUGCCUGCAGCGAUCUUCCCCUUGGCCUUAGGUGUCAUGGAGUUCAUCGAAGCUACCUUGGGUUUUGAAACUGAAGUCAUGAACAGGGCUCAUCAUACCUUGUCGGAAGCCGAAGAAGCCUCUCUCGGCCACUCCAAAUACAACCAGAAGAUCCAUCUCUCCACCUCCCACAUCUACCCUCCAGGCACAGAGUUCCAAGUUACGUACGCCGAGUCGACUUUGCUUAACGCCCUUGUCAUGCUUUUGCACGAGAACAACGGAAUGAUGGAGCAGGCGAAGGCGUUGUUCAAGUUGCGUAGGGCCUAUCAGAUCCUUGACGCAACUUUCAAGAAGAUCAAAGAGUCAGAGGGCUUGUUCAACCACAACUUGGCUAAGUUCCGCAAGCAAGCGGAUUCCUCGCUGGUGUCCUCGGUCGAUCUUCCAGGUUACGAUAUCUCAAGCGCCCGAAGCUCUAGCACUUCAUCUCUGUCCUCAUUGCCAGAGGACGUCAAGUUGAUGAGAGACAUGGAACAAAUCUACAAAAUGAGGAAAGCAAGAAUAGAAGGAACCGGUGUCUCCUCACAAGUCGACUUGUUUGCCCAGCUGAGCUCGCAAUCUUUGUCUUCGAAAAGCAGCUUGCCCUCUUUCCAAGACACUGGAGCCCAGUCGAGCAGACCUGGCACUAUGUCCCCACCAGUUGCCGCCAACGCAGCUUUUACCCGCAAAAAUAACGAGAGUCUGUCAGAAGAAGAGGCAGCUGAUAACGAUGAGUUUUCGGACGCUGGUGACUCCUUCGCAGUGUCCAAUCCGACAAUGAAUGACUACUCUGGGAACAGAGAAUCUUUGACUCCCCCAACUACCCAAUUUGAAUCUAUCAGUAUCAAUGAGGGGGCUAAGGGCUCUUCAGCAGGCUCUAUAGUUACCGGGGAAAGCUCAACUUGCAGCUCCAAUGCGCACUUACACGUUUCUACUAUUGACGAAUUCAUUCAUUCCGGAGUACAGUUAUGCUUUGGUAUCCUCCAAGUUGUCCUUUCUUUGAUUCCUCCAGCUAUUGGAAAGGUCCUUUCUAUUGUUGGUUUCAAGGGUGACAGAGAAACUGGUCUCCGCAUGCUUUGGCGUACUGCAAUCACUGCCAGAAACAUUCAUGGCGAGUUGGCUCUUUUGUGUCUUUUGGUUUUCUACGAUGGUCCGAUUCAAUUUAUAGACGUGGGAUUCCAACUUCCAGGGCACGAGGACACCAAUAUCUCGGAUGUGCUCCUGAUUUCAGAGAGAUCAAGCAUUUCCGAUGAAGAAUUGACACUUAUUAUCAGAAAUCCUAACCUAUACACCAAGCAAAUUUUGGCAAAAGCUCGCCAUCUUUUCCCACACAAUGCACUUUGGCUCUUGCAGGAAGGCAGAAUGUUGGCAGCCCAGAACAACAUACACAAAGCUAUUGAUCUCAUGCAAUCAUUCACUGACGAUCCUGAGACGAAGAUAAAUAUGGAGCAGGUCGAAGCACUCCUUACGUUUGAUAGAGCUAUGCUUUACGCAUUUGUUCACAACUAUGAGAACGCUGCAAGAGACUUCCUUAGACUACUUGAGAUCAAUUCGUGGUCUCUGGCUGUAUACUUAUUUUUCGCUGGAUCAUGCUACUUGGAACAGUGGAGGAUGAUACAAGUUGGUGAAGUCAAAUACGAUACGCCUGAAGAGACGAAGGACAAGUUGGCUUACUUCGCCAAGAAGGCAGAUCACUACCUUAAAUUGGCACCUACCUAUGUUCCAGGUCACGGCCACAACGCUACAAAAAAGAAAGGUGGCAUAGGUGGCAGCAAUAAGCAAAUGCCUUUUGACAAGUUCGUUCUACGGAAGACGAAGUGCAUCGAGGAGACACAUCGCAAAAACCCUAACCUUACUUAUAUUGAAUGUGUUGAAACAUCGCUCAUUCACGAGCUUGUAUACUUUUGGAACGGAUACAACAGGAUGACAUUUGAGGACCUCCAAAUUCUGAACCGCAUGUUGAAAUUCUCCGCUGGUGAACACGCCAAGAUUACGGAGACGUUCGAUGAAAAGAUGACAAGAACCUUCUUCGAAUCGAUUACCUUGAGACAACUUGGUGACGUUAAGGCAGGAUUGGCGCAACUUGACACCGAAGUCAUCUCGAAGUAUGUUGUUCAAGACUCCGCAAACGCUCCCUUCAAGUUCACCAAGAUGACCUAUUCUCCAUACUUAUACCCUACAGCUCUCUAUGAGAAAGCUAUGUUUGUCUGGCUUCUCAAAUCCGGAGACGAUCUGCUCAGAGCUAUCAACGAGAGUGUCAGUUGGUUGAGGAAGGCGGAAACCACCUCCGAUAUCGGCGAUUACGAGUUGAGUAAUCGAACCAGCAUGAGAAUCAAGGCUGCAUCUGAGAGAUUGGAGCUGUUGAAAGACCAAUUGUGA